AUGAAUGGAAUUAUGCAGCCAUUGAUUUCUUAUUUAAAUAUUGAAAUUUUGUUACAACGAGUUGCCAAGACCAAUGAUGUUGUAAGUGGUGGUAACAAUGAGAAUAAUGACGUUGGAGCUCUAACAUUCAUGGUGUUUCCACCUUUACAGCUCCUGGAAUCAAAAGGAUACCCGAGAAUUAGUUCGAAAACCAAAAUGAAGGGUUAUACUUGGAACGGAACUACGAUGUUGAUCAAGAUUUUGUGUUUUGAAAUGAAGAUGACGGAAGGGAGUUCCUCGUCGGCCACUGUUGAUAAAAAAGGGGAAUCGGGGUUUUCAUCUUCUUCAACAGCGGAGGAAGUUACCAAUGGAAUCGAUGGAUCUCGUCUCACCGCCAUUGUUACCGGAGCUACCGGUGGUAUCGGAGCUGAGACAGCACGAGUCCUUGCUCUACGCGGUGUACAUGUAGUUAUGGCAGUAAGAAACACCGAAAUGUGUAGAAAAGUUAAAGAAAAUAUACUUACUGAAACACCUGAUGCUAAAGUCGACAUAAUGGAGCUUGAUCUCAGCUCUCAGGCAUCCGUACGGGAUUUUGCAACCAGAUAUCGUUCUUCAGGCCUUCCCCUACACAUUCUAAUUAACAACGCAGGGGUUUUGGCGCCAAAAUUCACACUCUCGAAGGACAAAACCGAACUGCAUUUUGCAACAAAUCAUUUAGGUCAUUUUCUUUUGACGAAUCUGUUGCUGGAGACGAUGAAGAUUACUUGUCACGAACAAAAAACUGAAGGAAAAAUCAUCAACGUAUCAUCCGAAGCUCAUCGUCUUGUGCUCAAUCCAACUUUCUCUGAUCAAAUUAACGACAAAUCAAGUUAUAAUCAUAUAUAUGCUUAUGGAUUAUCAAAACUGGCUAAUAUACUUCAUGCGAAAGAACUAUCAAGGCUUUUGAAGGAGGAAGGAGUCGAUUAUAUCACCACAAACUCAUUACAUCCAGGAGUCAUUGUCACCGAUCUUUUUCGUAACUGUAGUAUUUUGUCGGUUAUCUUCAACUCUGUUCUCAAAUGCGUGGCAAAGGAUGUUUCACAGGGAGCUGCAACUACAUGUUAUCUGGCAUUGAAUCCAAAGGUGAAGGGGGUGAGUGGUGAGUAUUUUUGUGACAGUAAUUUGGUAAAACCAUCGUCGAAAGCUGCGGAUCCUAAGUUAGCAAAGGAGUUGUGGGAGUUUAGUUUGACUUUGACCACCUCCAAAUGAUUUACAAAGAUAAUUAACCAAAAAAAAAAAAUUUAUAAUUAUAUUAGGUAAUAACCCAUGUACUAUAAGGUUGAUAAAUUUAAAUAAUACAACCAUUAUAAAAAUGUAGUAUUAAUCAUAAAUAACCUUAAUUUAAUUAAUAAGAGUUUACUUUAAUUUUUAUUAAUAGCAUUGCACUUAUAUUUAUU